GCAUGCGUGCCUAGAACAUAUAUUGCACUACUUGAUACGUUUGUUGAUGCAUACCCUGGACUUCCUCUUAACUCAAGAGACGCACCUUCGGUUUGCGGGGAAGGGCAGAACGGUUCGAAUAUGCGACUAUCGAACUAGUAUUGAUGAUGGAUCUGAGCCUGAUGAUCAAGCCAGAAUGUUGUAAAAGUUGGUUCCUCCGCGUUCUCACGUGACUUCGUCUGGCUUAGGUCAGCCAGAUACGCGCUCGGCCAAGCACAGGCAGCCUUCCGCAAGGAUCUUUAAGAUGACGACAAAAGAGCAACGAGCUACAUCGGAGGGUGUAGGUCGUAGUUCUGUAUCUCAAUUCCUUUCUCGUUUUGGGUCAGCUUCUUGCUUCUUUUGUUGGAAGUCCGAACAACGUGUCCGACUGUCGUUGAUCAGGAAACUUCAAGCUGGCCUGCCGCUCGCUGAGAGCCGAGCACGCCUAGAGAACAGCAUCCUCCACAUCGUCGAAUGCUGAGUCGCGGCUUCUUCAAAAUGACUAUCCGCAGAUCCAUCAGAAUUGCUUCAGUAGCUGCUGUCCCCGGCUCAGAAGGGCCCUCUAAUCUUGCCAUUACGACCAAGAAACGCUCAGCUACCUCCGACACCCCUCCGAAUAAAUCCAAAAAGCCUAAGCCUACCAACGAUUCGAUUUCCGUCAAAGGCGAAGCAACGGCACCGGAGUUCAAGGUUCCAAUCACACCAGUGAAGAAUUCAAGAAGAGCUUCCACAGCCAAGGAGCCUAAACAUCCUCCAUUGACUCCAACACCCAGCUUUGUGAAUAUCCUCCGGGCUCCUUAUAGUUCAGGAGAUGUUGACGAUGCAACGCCGCCACCAGACCGCCCGGCCGGGCCUCACAUCACCAAUGCUCCUUUAGUCACCCCUGGUGGUACGCAGAAAGUCGCAUACCCUGAAGACUUGCCUGAUUCGACACCAUCUAAGACGGGAUUACCUAGACCAACAGGUACAACGAACACACUUCUCGAUCAAGCUUGUGCACAUCUGACCUGCGUCGAUCCUCGGUUCAAAGCAAUCAUCGAGAAACACCCGUGUUCGAUAUUCUCGCCCAGGGGUCUCGCAGAACAGAUAGACCCCUUUCGCUCAUUAUCAAGCGGCAUCAUGGGUCAGCAGGUAUCUGGAGCAGCUGCCAAGUCUAUCAAGAACAAGUUUAUCGCCUUGUUCAACGAGGAAGGUUCAGAAAAUCCUAAGUUUCCAACUCCAGCACAAGUCGCUGCAACGGAUAUAGCACGGCUCCGACUGGCAGGGCUAUCACAACGAAAAGCAGAAUACAUCCAGGGUUUAGCAGAAAAGUUUACGACAGGGGAGCUUACGACAGAUAUGCUCAUGAAAGCUACGGACGAAGAAGUCAUGGAGAGAUUGAUCGCCGUUCGCGGCCUUGGAAAAUGGAGCGUCGAGAUGUUCGCAUGCUUCGGGCUGAAGAGAUUGGACAUAUUGUCCACCGGCGACCUGGGCGUCCAGCGUGGCAUGGCAGCGUUCUAUGGAAAAGACGUGAAAAAGCUCAAGGCCAAAGGUGGCGGGAAGUGGAAGUACAUGUCCGAGCAGGAGAUGUUGGAUAAAUCAGCUCCUUUCGCUCCAUAUCGCAGUUUGUUCAUGUGGUACAUGUGGCGGGUUUCGGAUGUGGAUGUCGAGGUCAUGAACACCGUGUAACGGUCCAGUUCCAUGGACUCUUAUUGUAUAUGUACAGAAGUCGUUCGGCUGUCACCGCAACUGCAUGUUUGGGCUGCCUUUCAUCUCAGCGC